AUGGACCCUCUCGACCGGCUGGGUGAACUCGAAAAAAACCCGGUCCCACUUGUUCCAGUUGCGCCCCACCCGAGUCAAUGGCGUUGGUCUAAACGACACUUGGUACCGGCUGCUUUUCGAACGCCUAUUUUCACAAAGCCCGGCUUUCUUGAGUUAAACCGUAUUUCUGGGUUGGCUUUGGGACAUCGUUACCUUGUUAACGCGUUAGCGACCAGUCGGCCAUCCUGCGACCAUAUGAUCCCUUUUUCCACAAAACCAAUGAGCUCGUUCAACUCGGCCCUUGAGCCUUGGUACAAUUCUGUCUGUCCCUUGGCCGCUUGUAUGAAUUAA